UCAGUUGAUAGGGAGCUCUGGAGAAGAAAGUUAGUCUUCAGAGUAGGAGUGUUGUUAAAUUUAACAAAGUGUGCUAUCAAAAGACGUGGUGAGAAAUCCCAGAGACAGGGCGUUUCAUUACUUUUUCUUUUAGUUUUCACUGUGAGUGGACUUUGAAAUUGACAUUGAAGUUACAGUUUAUUCAAAAACUUAUUUUACUCAACUAAAACAUAUAUGCUGAAUUUCAUAGAAAAUUAUCUCUUGUACUAGUAAUUGUGUCCAUAAUUAUGGCUGUGGUAAAAUUGGACUCAGUUAAUGUGCUGAAAAUCAGCAUCUAUUUUAAUAUUUUACUUUCUGUGCUAAGUCAACAGUAAUAGAUGAGAGACAUAAUAUAGCUGACAUGUUGAUGUAGUAUCAAGAAUUAUGUCUAUUCACAACUCCAGGUUUUCCUUGUUGAUUCAUGACUUUAUUCAGUGAUAAGAUGAAAAUUCCUAUCUUCACUGACCAAUCCACUGAACCAUCAUAUUAAUUCAACUGUAUUGCAUCCUUGAAAGUAAUCCUGUCAAUCUCGCUAGGAAAUCCUGAAGACCAGAAAAUUUGGGUAUCAUUUACACAGUUGGUCUACUGACUUCACAAUGUCUGAAAUCAGAUUUAGCAAUCUCACUUGGGAUCAAGUUGUAACACUGGAUCAAGUGUUAGAUGAAGUAACUCCAAUUCAUGGAAGGGGGAAUUUCCCCACGUUGGAGGUAAAACCAAAAGAUAUCAUUCAUGUUGUGAAAGAUCAACUGAUAGAGCAAGGAAUUAUUGUUAAAGAUUCCAGAUUAAAUGGUUCCACAGCAAGUUAUAUACUUGCAAGCCACAAUGGAAUCAGCUAUAAGGAUCUGGAUAUUAUUUUUCGUGUUGAACUACCAAGUGAUCAAGAAUUUCAGGUUGUUAAAGAUGCAGUUCUAGGUUGUCUCCUGGACUUUUUACCAAAAGGUGUAAAAAAGGAAAAGAUCACCCUAAAGACCAUGAAAGAGGCUUAUGUGCAGAAGAUGGUCAAAGUUUGCAAUAAGCAUGAUCGUUGGAGUCUCAUCUCUCUUUCAAAUAACACUGGUAAGAAUGUAGAGCUAAAAUUUGUGAAUUCACUCAGACGACAAUUUGAAUUUAGUGUAGAUUCCUUUCAAAUUGUUUUGGAUCCCAUGUUAGACUUCUACAGUGACAAAAAUGCUCAGCUAACCAAAGAAUCCUAUCCUGUUGUGGUAGCUGAAAGCAUGUAUGGAGACUUCCAAGAAGCAAUGACACAUUUGCAAUACAAACUUAUAUGUACCAGAAAACCUGAAGAGAUUAGAGGUGGCGGCCUUCUGAAGUACAGCAACUUGCUGGUUCGUGACUUUAAGCCAGCUUGUGAAGCAGAAAUCAAGAUCCUGGAACGUUAUAUGUGUUCUAGGUUUUUCAUUGAUUUUCCUGAUGUAGCAGAACAGCAAAAGAAGAUUGAAUCGUACCUCUGCAACCAUUUCAUAGGAGAAGAAAAGAGCAAGUAUGACUACCUUAUGACCUUGCAUGGAGUUGUGAAUGAAAGCACUGUUUGCCUCAUGGGUCGUGAAAGAAGACAGACACUCAAUAUGAUCACCCUUAUGGCUUUAAAAGUACUUGGAGAACAGAAUAUUCUACCCAAUACAGACAAUGUAACUUGCUUUUAUCAGCCUGCUCCAUACUUUGCUGCUAAUGGAGGAUACCCUUCUUAUUAUGUAAUAUCUGGACCACCACCUGUUUUCUUUCAGCCAUACUACCCACUGCACUUUCAUGUGCCAAAUUGUACGGUUUAAAAAACACACAUACAAUAGAAACUUUGCUUUAAUUAAACAUCUCUCAAAAGCAAGUUUCCAAAUUCCAUAAAUGUAAGAUCUCUUUUUAUUUUUAUGCAAUUGCUAACUAUUUUCCAUCAAUUAUAGCUUAAACCAUCAUAAUAAAUACAAUAUCAUCUGUGAACUGACCACUUUAAGUGGUUUUCAGAUGUUAUUGAUUAGCUAUAAUAACUUUCCAAUGUCUUGGAACACUUAAAAUGAUUUUCAAAUAUUACUAGCUAUUUCUUGACUUUCAGACUUGCUGUGACACAUACAGAUACCUGCCAUUUGACUAAAAUAUAAAAGGAAAGACUUAUGUUUUAAAUUCCAGAGGUACAGUAAAGACAAGUGCUAACAUUUUUGUAUUUAAUCAAUUCCUUUAUGUUUACAUCAUUACCAUCGGUGAAUUUUCAUUAGUUAACAGAAAUGCCUAAUUUCAAAGACAACAGAUUCAGAAGACAUUAAAACCCUGGACUUUUCAAGCAUUUAUUUCUUCCCAGUUAAAUUGGAUUAGAUACAAAAUCCUAGUAUAGUUUGAAGUAACACUGAAAAAUAAUGGUUCUGGAAAACAAUGGACAUUAGUAAUUUAUCAACUAUCAAGUAAGUUAGUUAAUUUGUGGAUCUGAAGAAUAAUACCAUCCAGCUGUACAACCAAUACUGUACCCAAUACAGAUUUCUUCAUUUUUCCCCCAAAUAAGUUGAAAAGAAUGAAAAUGACCAGCUCUGAAUGUGAAAAUUUUCUGUCAUCAUCUGUUAAAAGGAGACUCUAAAACGCAAAUAGCAAAAAGCAGAAGUUUUUAGCCUUGGCAUUUACGAUUUUUCUCACCUGUUUGACCAACAUCUUAAUAUAUCUGGAGACAUUCAGUGUUAGUAAGUGAAAAUAUUUUCAUUAUUACUAAAUGAAGCACUUUUUUCAUUUUGCUCUUACCAAAGAUCAUUUCUAACAAGCCACUUAAGUGCCUCCUCAUGUGAGUUUUUGCAUAACACUAUAAUUUAUUCAAAUAUUGCAUAUGUUCAUCAGGUAUCUGAAUAUCUACUUACUACAUCAAAUAUGCUGCUAGCAAAUCUACCAUCAGGAUUAAAACAUAAUGAAGAAAAUAAUCCAUGACCAAUAUUAUCUGAGAUGACAGAAGGGGUGCUGUCCUGAAUGAAGAUAAAUAAGACCAUCAGAAAACUUCACUACUUUCACUUACUUCUGAUUUUUUAUGAGUUUCCAUCUCAGUUUUCAUUGACAAUCACAAGUUUUUCCAUCACAACAUGAUCCAACAGUAUUCUGAGAAUUUGUCAGUUAUAGACUACACUUAAUAUGUCUUCUCUGUAUUACAGUAUUGAACACAAGAAGUACACCAAAUAUGGCAUUUUUAAAUACCAAUAUUUCUGAGAUGUUUUAUACCACAGCACCACUGGCCAUCAGUAUAUUUUUAAAGAAUUAUAUUUAAAAAAUAUAUGUAUUUAUGUGUCUGUAUACACACAUAUAUAUCAGUCCACACAACCCUAAGGCUUUAAAACAUUAUAUGGAUUCACCUCCUUGCUUGGGACAAACAAAGAAUUUAUAAAUGCUAUAUUAAAGAGAAAAUUCAGUAAUCUGUUGACAUAAUGUAUUGGCUGAAAAUGAUUGAUCUUUCGGCCCUAAGUGUACUCUAGAGAGUGCUUAUACGUAGAGCUAAAGGAGUUGAUGCUAUAUUAACAGUACCAAAAAACAAUUCCAAAAGAUACAGGAAAAGUAUUUAAGACUAAAAUAACUAUGAUGGUGAUGAGUCACUUGUAAAGGCAUUUUACGCUGAUGAGCAGAAUGCUGAAGCUGUUUGGAAACAUCUUAUGCCCGAUGUUCUCCCUUAGCUUCCUUUGGUCCUGUUGAGAAUUUAAAUUCUUCCUCCCUAAAAAGCAAUUUCCUUAUGGUGUUCUCCUAAAGCUUUAAAUCCUGCUUGAAGAGUGGUCUGAAAGCUUUGUGCUUCUUCCAUUUCAAGCAUGUGUUUCCAUUUUGGUAAAAGAGGUCAGAAUUGGCAUGUAAUAUUUUCUCAAGAGAGAGAGAAGCCAAACUUGUUGAAUAAGAAUGAUAUCACUAAAGAGAAAGCUAUAGCUUUCUCUCUCGUGGUGGUCUUUCUGUACAUACCAUCACCAAGCUAGGCUGUCUUUUGCUCCCAACCAAGCAGAAAAAUAUUUAUCUUUAGUAGUGCAUGAGUAUCUCUCCAGGAUUAGGCUGGUUGCCUUGAGAAGCAGUGUUGUCUCAUUCUGUUCAUUAGGAUAAUAAAUGGAAAAGUUUUUCUAUAAAUAAAUGAGUGGUAGACUCUUGGCCUAAAGGAGUUCAUAGAAAUUAGUUAAAAAAUCUAACUCUAGAACAUAUGUCAUCUCAUUACAAGAGAUAAAUGGUAUUGUCUUUUCCUCUUUUAUUUUAUUCAAAUCCAAGACUGAGUCUUGGUUUACGAGUUGUUGUUUUCUCCCCGAAACCUAACCAAAAGCGAAAAAGAAAACCUUUUUGGUAUAGUUCUAGCAUUCAUAUCAGUGGAACAUCUUCAGUGUCAGUUACAGAUACAUAUUUUUUAAACCAAAAUAUUACUGCAUUUCACAAAUCCACACAUUAUCAUCAAAGUUCUACUAAUAGAGUAUUUGUAAUUUUUAAAUUCAGAGAGAUUCUUCUAAUAGUGACUGAUGUCCAGUUUAGUCAAAGAAAGUUGAAGAGAAGGAUUAGCUAGUUGUUUUAAAGGAGAGAGAGCCCAGCUAAAUUAAAGACAAACUUCCAGAGCCAGAACAGUUGUGAACUUCUCGAAAAAAUUGAGAAGGCAUCCUGGGCACAAAUACCAUUUUUGUAUAUCACCUCAGAAAGGCUCUAUUAAAAUGCAUCCAAAUUAAAGAGUUUUUAAAAUUUGUCUUUACCACAUUUUAGUUUUAGGCAUUGAUAAAAAUAUCAAUAUACAAAAUGCUUGAGAUAUGAUUAACACUCCUUUCGGUGGAUCUAUUAUCUGGAAGUAUUCAAGUUACAAAAUACAGGAAGCUAAAGUAUAUAAUUGAGAAAAAUUUUGCAAUUUUAAAGUUUGUAAUGCUUUUCAAAAUUAUAUUGAUCUAUCAACACAGCACUUCCAUUUAUAGAGGAUUUAAAAAAAUAAUUGACUCUGUAAAUUAGCCUUAAAGCAGCAUUGAGAGAUAUGUGAGACCACAAUUUGGUAAACAUUCUUACGAAGACCAUUUUGGCAGCAUAAAGCUCAGCAUUUUAACCUGCUCUGGGGCUUAUUUGCUUUACUAUCAUAAAAGAAAGUACAUUUAAUGAUGUUUUAUUUUAGUUCUGCUGUCAUUAUUGUGGUUACAUUCUAUAUGUUGUAAUGUUAAAAUUUGCGUAAUAAGUAUUGGAAAUUGUGUUACUGAUCCACAGCUUCAUUUUAUGAAUAUUUUUUCAGCGUAUAUAGCUGGAGGUAGCUUUGUUGGGGCAUCAGUGUAUGGCUCUUAAGUGCUUUCUUAAGGAACAGUUUUCCUUGAAUUUUGUGAGUUUGAGCAAAAACAUACAAUUUAGAGUAUGUGCUAUCUGGAAACCGAUUUAACAUGUAACAGGUGACCUUUAAGCUCAACAGUUACGAGUUUUGCUUUACUUUAAUAUGGGGGAAUGUGAAGUUAUUUUUCACGAAAUUUUUGUGUCUAAGGUAGUGCUACAUGGAUUGCAUUAGUGUUUGAAACAACAACGGAAACCUCUUUUUAUUUAGAUGUAGCCCUUGAAAGAGCAACGGAAAAUUUAUAGACGAAUUUUUUUGUUUGUAUGCUUUUUAUGACCCCUCAAAAUAGCAAACUCCCUAUUCUAGAAAAAGAAUACUAUAAGAUAUACCUUUCAGAACUUCAGGGCCAAAACGUUACCCCCUGUAAAUUGAGAGGGCCCUCUCUGCAAAAUUUUCUCUUAUGGCUCCGAAUUAAAAGUGAUGGACUGACUAACCCUGUUAAAUCCAAUUCAAGUAGUUUCUUGAUGAUUUAUGACAAUUCACUUGUUAUACAUUCUAGACUGAUGGUAGAAUCGAACCAUUCUUUAAAAUUCUAAUGAGCAGUCCACUUUAUAUUGGUCCUUUGGCUCGACUAGAGAACCCAGAAGCCUAAGAUUUAAUUCUUACUUUGGCUUUUGUACAGCCCUGGAGAUAUCAGUGUCAGAGACUGGUCUCUGUGAAAAUGACAAUAGAGAGUGGUAUGAGUGUUCACACUAAUAUCUUAUUCAGCAGUUUCAUUCUUAUUAUAUGAAGACAACAUAAAAAAAGACUUUUCUAUAUAGAAUGUGGCUUCAAUCUCAAAUGGAAAAAUAAUAAAUCUAUUGUAAUUAAUUUGUAAAAUCAGAAUUAGAAAAGGAAUUCCCCCCAAAAAGAAAUUCCAAUAUAUUUGUAGUAGUCACUUCUAAAAUGUUUCUUUAAAAUAAAAACUGGUAUUAUAUAGCCAUUAACAUUUAAAAUUUGUUUUAAAAAGUUUUACAAAUGUCCACCUCCCCCUAAUAAAAUUCAGUAGUCAACUCAAGUAUAUAUUAGUGGAUAUUUGAAUAAAGAGGAUUAAAAAUGUUCUUUAAGCCUUACAUAUGGCCUCUUUGAACAAAAUUCUACAUAAAUUAUUUUCUUUAUGGUUUGGGGAGUUUUGUAUGGUAGCUUUGGGACCCCUAGGAUUAAAUGACUUCAAAGAGCAAUGGUUACUUAGGCUGUGAACUCCAAAUAACUUUUUUCUUAUUGCAACUUCUCAAGAUUUAUUAUCAGGUAAAAUGCUUUCAGAUAGUGUCAACAGGUAAAAAAUGUAUAUCAUAACAGUUGUUAAGGUUAAAAGUCUACUUCUGUUGAAAGCACCUAAAUACAUAUUUAAAGUGAAAGGCAUUAUCUUUUUCUAGGUAAAUAAUAUAUGUACUGAAAUAGUAACCAUAUCAGAAAAGUUAUCUGCUUUAGAAAUGUAGAGGACUAUAUUUAAUAUACUAUAAAUAGAUUUAUAUAAAAUCUAAUGCCUGUUUACUAAGUCAAGGAGAGUACCUCUAUAGAAGAGAGAUACAAAUUGUAAUCCUGACAGUUUACAAAAAGGGGGCACAUAAUCCAUUUUCAUGAAGAGCAUGUUUUGAAUUCCUCCUGUUUUUCUUUCACAUUUUCAUUGUUUACCUAAAUGAUACCUCUCUGUGCUCACACUGAUGAGAUGCAAAAAAGAUGAAGUCUAGGGACAAUUUAUUACUGUAUUACCAAAAGAUAAAAUGACACUGUUCUAAGUUUAGUUCCUAGUGAGGAGAGAGUCUAGAAAUGUCAGAAUUAUUGACUCAGGUAGGAUUGUGAUCAAUAGAUGGUCCCAUUCCAGAGAAUAAAGCUUUCACAUGUGCAUUGUGGAGAAUCCAAUUAGGAUCUCUGAUUUUUCAGGAUUUCGCUUAACCAUAUAAGUAGUUACACUAACUACUUGUUACACUAGUAGAUACACUAAGAUAAACAACAACACUUGAAUUCAAUGGCCAUGAUUCUAGAAGAUAACAACUCACUUUUCAGUUCUUUAAGAACCCUGGAAUUCUAGGCACUAAAUGUGAAGAAAUCACUUAUAUGGCUUACAUAUCAUUCAGAGUCCAGACUGUAUAAGUUAUAAACUAACUUUUUUUUAGUUAAGAAAUAGUCAAAAUCAUUUUAAGCAUUGUUAUGUGCUCUUGUAUAAUUCUUGGGAAUUUUUUAAAGUUAAAUAAGUUGCAUUGCAGUUUUAAUUAGUAUAUAAAAAAUUACAAGUCAAGCCAAUUAGCCUUUUUUAACAACAAAAGCCACAUAUCAAUUCAGAUAUAAUACAUUAAAUUAUAUGUUAAAGUAUACAAACUUACAAAAUAUUUAAAUUCCUAUAGAGUUAAUUUUAUGUUGAAAUAUAAAACUACGAAUAGGUGAUUCACCUUCAUUAAUUAUAAUGUAGUAUCACAUUUGUUGAAAAAUUUCAGUAUAUUUCAUUGAAAAACCUUAAGUGUUUUCAAUAAAUAUUAGAAAUAACCUGUUGGAUUAUCUGAAUUUUCCAGAUCUCAAUCCAUUAUAAUUCGAGGAUGUUGUCCUAUAGCUGUCUUUUCCAAUUUGUCCUUAAUUUUCUUUAAGUUCCCAAUUUACAAAUGAGUAAUGCUGAAACAUAAGGUGACAUAGCAGACUCUUGCUUGCUCUUUAAAUAAAGAUAUUCUGUUUUACAACAAAUCCCAUAUAUCCCUAAAAAGCUCAUCUACUUUAUAUCCAUACACUGGCACUAGAUUUAAUUGAAAUGUAAAAUUCACUUUGAUGGCUGUGACUGUUUCAUCUUAUAUAGUCCCUAGAUUGAGUGACAUCAGUCUUAGUAACAUCCUUCCAGUUUGAAAAGCAUGCGCAAGUAGAAAGUUCUUUAAGUUCUUCUGAAUGUAAAUAAAUGUCUCAACCUGAAAAACAAAGAAUUAAGGCAAUUGUCCAGAUGAUUAGGACAGAAACAUGUCAUUAAGUAAUGAACAAGGAAAAGUGGACCUAAAUUAUUUAUGAUCCUAGUCAUUGAAUAACUGCAUUUUUCCCAUAUUGAUCAGACCAAAAGUAACUACUGGAUAUGAGAAAAAUCCUACAAUACCAUUUCACUAGAUAUAAAACAAUUUGUCAGAUAAAGAAUACAUUUAAAGUUAGAAGAUAAGCAAACAAAUUGAAUCCAUAAGCAUUUAUCUUAAAGAUAUGUUUCAAGUUUGAAUUAAGUCAAAUCCAAUUGUUUAGCAUUAAAGAAAAUAUUAGUGAAAGAAAUUAUAGUCAUUAAGUAGGAAAUGAAACAUGUAACUGUGGUUGCCCAGCACCCAGUAAAAUUGCUAAUAUGAUUUCCUACACUACUACAAGAAGGCAGUCUUACAUUUUAACUUUAAAAAAUUCAACAUUUUAGGAAA